CACCACUAAUUCGUAGAAGUAGAAGUCUUUCAGCAGUAAACAGAAACGUGCUUUCAGUGAUAUGUCAACACCGGGUAUCUGCAUUCAGGAGUAAAAGUUACAAUGUCGUUUGAAAACCUGAUAAAAAGUCUUCAGGACUGCUUCAUCACUGAAGAUUCAACACCUGAAAAUGGCUGCCAGACCCUCCAGCUGUUUGUCGAUAAACUGUCUGAAUCCUCCAGGAGCAGCGUUAAGAGGAGCAAGGAGCGCAGUUUGGAGGAGGCAGCCCAGCUGCUGAGGCAGAUCCCAGAGGCACAGCUCCGUGGUUUGGAGGAAGAGCAUCUCCUGCUUCUGGUCAGACUCCUCUUAUCCCUGCAGCUGGAGAUGGUCAGCAUCUCCACAGCCUGUCGUAAGGUGGACCAGAUGCUGCAGCAUUUGGCAGCAAAGGUGGACCACAAACUGGUUUAUAAGGAGACCCUCCACAGUUUUCAUGCCAUAGUCCAUAGUGAUCAGGUUCUCUCUUUGGAGGAUUUGCAGAGAGCAUGCAUGUACCUGGAGGACAGCAUAGUUGGUCGAGAGGUUUGGCAAGAGUCCUUCGUGCCAAUGCUGCAGAGAGUAUCUGAAUCUCUUCCUGCUGUGCUACAGGAGGAAUCUCGGAGAGAUGGGCCUAUCUGUUAUGUUUCUGUCAAGGUGUGUCUUCAAGCGUUUCAGCUGUUGCCCAACGAAGUUGCUCCUCUGGUGUGGGAGGAAAACCACAGCAAAGAAGCAGUGCAGAGGAUUCUGCAGGCUCUUAUAGACAUACUUGGACAGUGCUGCAACAGGGACACGCGUCUUUUGGCGGGCACAGCGGUGGCGAUGCUGAUCAACACCGCAUCCGAGAGUACAGCUGCUGGAGCUGCAGCCUGGAAUCUGCUGCAGGCCUCUCAUCCACAGCCCUGCCAGCUGACCGUGGGGGUCCUGCAGGUGACAUGUGACCACGUAGGGAAGGACAGAGUGGACCGGCUGGCUGUGAGCAGAGGCCUCCUCACCUGCUGUCGACCUCACGUCUUACUUAGUCCGAGCCACGACACCACACAGGCCUGUUUGCUGCUGGACGGUUUGUUUCCUCUUGUUUAUGCACUGUGUGAGGAGAAGCAGGACUGUCACUACUUUGCCUUUGAGGUGUUAACAAUGUGGCUGAGGAGAGCGAAGGAAUGCGUGACGGAUCUGUGGAGGAUGACCGGCUCCCGCCUCCUGCCCGACGACAGCAGGCUGCUGCAGCGGCUUACACACAUUAUCUGGACCGGUGCAGAAAGCCCAGUGGAAGGGGUGCCUGAGUUUGCGAGCAGCGCCUUUACUCUCUUGCUGAACCUUUACGCCUUGGACUCUGAGCAGUUUUGUGACACCAGCAAGGCUUUUUAUUUCACCCUGCUUGAACGAUUAUUGAAACUGCCCUGGGAGGCCAAAGCCAAAUACCACCGCCUUUGCGCUCUGCUGCCUCAUGUGGGAGCCGAGCUGGUGCUGGAUCAAUACACUGAGGUAUCUCGCCAUCUCCUGAAGUGCCUAUCGACCAAUCAUCUGUCCCCGUGCGGCUCAGAGUUUUACAAGCGUCUGAUCCAGCAGCAGAGGCGAGAGCUUCCUGCCUCACUCGCUGAAGUGGAUCUGGCCGGGCGCUGGGCGGACAGCUGGCAGCCUCUCCUCCUGGAGGCGCUGACGUCUGAAGUGACUCUCCUACAGACCAACGCCUCAACACAUUUACUGCCCUGCACCCUCCAGGUUUUCCCCUCGGCCGUGCAUCACCUGCUGGCCUCCCUGGAGCCCCACGAGCCAGGCCACCUGCGCGCCUGGGCGUGCCUCCUGAGCUCCUACCGAGCCAUCAGCGGCUGUUCUCCCUGGGCUCUGCAGGGCAGCUCCACCUUUAAAACCCUGCAGCUGGCUCUCGGGUCUGCAGACGACAAAGUGCGCCUGGCUGCCCUCAACCUGCUCUGCUGCAGCCCGAAGACCAGAGACGUCCCCUCUGCAGAGGAGAUCACGAUACUGAAGGAGUUUGUCCCCCAGAAUCUGAAUUGCGAGUCCUCACCUUUUCGGCAGCACCUUCAGGCUGCGGUGAGAAGGUUUCUGGUUCGUGUCAGAGACGGCACCUUGGCACACGUCAGAGGAGUCAAGGGCAAAAAGAAAGAAGAUGUCAGCCAUGAAAGCAGAAAGGAUGUUCUGGAGCAAGGGAUUGGCUUUGUGGAGUGGUUAGGUGAGCUUCCAUACGGCUCUCUGUCACCUGGACACAGCUAUCAGAGGAAGAAGACGGCGCUGUUGUUGUUGUCUGCAGUCCUGGAGACGUGCACAGACACCUGGAGCCCCGACAAAAAGAAGGGACAGCCACCGGCAAACGUAGGACUUCUCAUUGACUGUGCCAGACAGAGAGGACAGUGGGAUUUCUUCUGCAGAACCAAGCAGCUGCUUCUUAUCAGUUGUCUAGAGGAUUCUACAAAUGAGAUCCGGGAGCUCUCGGCCGGCUUGUUGUUGAGAUUUUUCCCUCCCACUUUCCCUGCUGACAUCGCGGAAGUCCUGGAGACGAGGAGCAUGCAGCUUCUGCGCAGCCCGCGGGUGCAGGAGGCUCAGAUGGGAGCGCUCAUGAUGAAGAUGCUCCUCCAAAAAUCAGGACAUCGGUGCAGCCUGAGCUGUGCUGCCAACGCUGGAAGGAACCUGUGUGUGGUCAGAGUCCUGCUGACAGAGCUGGAGGAGCAUCAUCUGACAGCCAAAGCAGACAUGAUGCUCUCUGCCAGAACCAAGCCUAUUCACGGAGUGUUGUGUGCUCUUCAGAGGUGUUUGCUUGAAGCAGCUGAUGAUAUCUAUGCCACACUUGACCGCAGUCUGAUGACCAAAUUGUUGGAUCUGCUGGAGAAUAUUUCUCUGCUGCUGCUUGCGGUUCUGCAUGGAGAUCGCGAGGCUCGUGUCUCUGAAACAUAUGCUCCCCCGUCCUUUUGUGACAUGGGAAACGCCAUCAGCUCUCUGAUAUCCCAACAGUCUGGAGGUGGCCCAACGGACGAGGAAGAGGAGGAGGAGGAGUGUGUCCUGCUGUCUGAAGAGCACAGCCUUGUUCUCACCUGCUGCUGGGUCUCUCUAAAGGUGAGACGUUUAGGCUCCCCUUCUCGGCAUCAGUCUUUGUUAGAGGACGGGAAAACUCACCGGUGUUUCUUCUCCACGUCUUUGCUCCAGGAAACGGGAAUAUUUUUAGGUUCGUUGGUGGAGAAAGUCCUGAAAGAAUCCAAGAAACAUUCUGAGUGUCUUCUAACUAAGCGGGAUUUAGUGAGGGCGUCGGACAUAUUUAAGGAUAUUCUUCUAAAAUGCCGCCAUUGGGGGGCGGUAGAGGGCUGCGGUUUAGGCUUCACAAAGUUCUGUACGUCUCUGCUGAACAGCAGUGAUCCAGACCUCAAGGAUAUUCCUGCCCAAAUGCUGAGAGAUGGACUGCAGGUUGUUCAGUGCGCUGGCUCCACGUCUGUGACCCGACGGGCAGCAGGGCUGCCCAUGCUGAUCCUGUGCGUUCUCUCGUCAGAGGAGGUCAGCAAGGCAAGGCCGCUGUUGGCACUCAGCGUGCAAACCCUGCUGGACACCGCCAGACGUCCCCUCGAUGAGAACUGGGACCAAACCCUGGACCUCCCACAGGUAUGUGCGGUUCACACUCUGCAGGCGUUGGUGCGUGGCUCAGGUUUGGGGGCAGCUGUUCUUCAGUUUGCUCCUGCUGUAGCCGUCUUGUCUCUGACUCUGCUCCGAUCUCCCUGCUGGGCCAUGAGGAAUGCUGCGCUGCAACUUUACAGCUCUCUUUGCUCUCGAAUGCUUGGCCAGCGGUCCGGCAGCGUGGAGGCUGGCCCCACGCAACACAGCAUGUCCCCUGCUGCCUUCUUCUUUCACUACCCUACGCUUCAAGCUUUCCUCCUGGGCGAGCUGAGAGGGGCGGCGCAGCAGCUCCAGAGGCCAACCGCCGGGGCCAAGCUGCAUCUGCAGCCCUCACUCUACCCGAUCCUAACUCUGCUGGCCCAACUGCAGCCUGGCGUCCAAGACUCCUCAGAAACGUUGCUGGACUUCCUGCCUCCGUUACUCCAGCUAUCUGCCAGUCCCAUUUAUAGUGUUAGAGUAAUGGUCUCCAAAGCUCUGGUUGCCAUGACACCGCCUUCGGGGUACUUUGACCUCCUCCUGAAGCUGACCUCUCAGCUCCCUGGUCCGCAGGAGUCCUGCAGCCACAACCGGCUCCACGGCCAGCUGCUACAGAUGAAGGCCUUGCUGGACCGAGCCCUCUGCUCAGACAGUGUCCUUUCUGACGACCUGCGUGAAGUGGUGAACAGAAUCCAUUCUUCAAUGUGGCUGGGGACCACGGCUCAGUGCUGCCCCCUGGUGAGAGCGUCGUACCUCAGCGUGGCUGGGUCCCUGAGAAGAUAUUCCUGCGAGACUUUCCUGUCGCAGCUCAGUGACAGACUUAUGCAUGACCUUCACACGCCUCAGCAGGGUCUUCAGGUUGGCUUGUCAUCGUUCCACCAGCGAGCCCUUCACUUCCUCUGUGCAGAUCCAAAGUGGGCUUGUCAGACUUGGGAGAGUUUUUCUGCAGCCUCGCCUGAGCUGAGGCUCUCGCUGGUCGCAUGGUUGCUGGACAGCCAGGACUGGCAGCAAAUCGACUUGAAAGAAGUGAUCCAGAGGGUGUUGCAGUCAAACUUGAAGGAGGCUUUGCUGGGCGACAGCGUGGAUUACCGCACCACGUACCUCACAGCUCUGGUUUCUGUGAUGGCCGGUGGUGGCUCCGCUUUACCUCAGCCGCUUCCCGACUCAGAACCUUGUUCGUCCGAGUGUUUGCAUUUAUUACUUCAGGACCUAGAAAUCCAGAAAGGUGGACCAGAGUACCUCUCUCAGGCUCUACAUGCUGCUAGCCUGCUGCUUUCCCAUGUGUCAGAUUUCAGCCUGAAGACGUCUGUGCUUCAGCGUUGGUGCAGUAUCUUGGAGUGUCAGCGGGCUCCAGAGGCCCCUGAAGUCCUCAGGAUAGCGUGCAGCGAAGCUCUUUGUGCAGCUGGGCUCCCGCUCAUCAACAACCUCAGAGACCACAGCUCUCUCCCUGCCAUCAUGAUGAGGUUGAUCAACACAGGCCUGUACCUGCUACAGGACCAAAGCCAGGAGGUGAGGCAGAAAGCUGCUCGUUUUGCCUCUUUGCUGCAUCAUUCAAGGCGAGGAAAUGACCAGAGGAGUGUCUGCAUCAUGCAGAUCAACCAAGCUCUGCUGCUCCUCUUGGACCUGCUGCUGCAGGAAUCCUGGGAUACUCCUGGUGCGCUGGAGGUGCUGCUGUCCCACCUGCCUCAGGCUGACCUCAGAUCAGUGCUGAGAGAAGCCUCGCCAGCAAGAAGGAGUUGCAGUCUGUAUGAGCAGGAUGAGGCCAAUGUGUUUGCAGAACCCUCCGUCAUGUCUGCACACCUGCUGCCCUACCUGCUGCAGAUGGCUGAGAAAUCCUCUCAAUCCUCUGCUCUGGCACAGACUCUGACUGCAUGGGCAGAGAAGAACACUGCCCAGGUGCUGGAUAACCUCACAGACUGUGAACAGCUCCAGCCAGCUGAAACAUUGACUCCUUCUUGGUUGGCUCUCCUGGUGGAUCCCCGUUUCCACUUUGCCCUGUGGGGCCUCUUCGCCAGAGCUGUCUUUCUUCUUCAUCUCCUGAAAACCUCUGCUUGUCCUCAGCGUCACUGCGAUCCCUUAAGCGUGCAGAUGCGUUUGCAGACGGUUUGCACUCUUCUCACUCAGAAUGGUGUUCAUUUUACACCUGCCUUAACAGCUGCUGUUUCUGUGGAAGAGCCACGACUGUGAGGGAGCAGAGGGGAAUGGACCAGUUUGACCUGGGACAAAAUUAGUUUUUGAUAUUUGAAGAACGGACAUCACACGGUCUCACUCUUAAAUGACGAUUGCAGGUGCUGAUGCCGCCGGACGCCAGCCCUUCGUGAACUUAUGUAAGAGCGAAGUGGGUAGGGUUACGUUGGUGUCUUUCCUUGCCUAGCAGGGAAGAGACCCUCUGGGAAUUGGGUGGGUGAAGCUUUAUUCAGUUUCAGUGGCGUUACAAUGGAGAGCUGCAGUCAGAACAACAGUGCCGGGUUAUUUUUGCCCUGCCUUGUUAUUGUGCUUCUCUCUGCAGCAACAGCAGCAAGGCUCACAUGGGUGCAGUGAUGUAAUGCAACAGCAUCUGGAAAUAUUGCCUGCUUAGCAGCCAGUGGGGGGUGUGUGAUGUGUGGUCUAAUUUUCCAUUAGAGGCCUUCUGACUGGAUAAGUGUCCAUUUUCCAAACCACACGAGAGCUGAGAGCUGAGAGCUGAGAGUUGGCUCCGAGGGAUCUGAUUGAGAUCUGGUGGUUGGCCCAUAACAGGCCACACGUUCAGAGCAGUCUUACGUCAUCAGAUAGCCCGCUGACAACCACCAGGAUUCAAGAAGCACAAAUGUUGAAGCUGUUUUAGUUGGAAUUUGUCACAGAAAUUAAAUUUUGUUGCUGUGGAAAGUGGAUCAGAAUCUGUCUGUGAACCAGAAGAUGUAGCGUUUUAUCUCCAUUUUUUUUCUCACUUUCCUUUUUUCCUUGGCGCACUCAGUGCACGCAAGAUCUGUUGCAUCAAAGAGUGCACGAUUAUUCAACAACUAUGACAAUAUGCGAGGGUUAAUGAGUCAUACAGAAAUCUUACCCAAGGUGUUUCCUGUGAUUUCCUCAAGGUCCACACCUAGUUUGCAGUAACGUCCCCCUUAAUGGAGCUUGGCUUUUAUUUUUUUUGACAAAAUUUAAUAUUUUGGUGAAGAAUUCAUCAAUGGCAUCCUGCAUUGGUUUUUAGCAGCUUAUUGUCUUAUAAAAUAUUUAUGUUUUAUAUUGUAAAACUGAAUUAGCUAUGACUAUAUAAGUAUAUUACUAAUGAUAUUUUAUAAUAAAGUUUUGAUUCAACAAAA